AGACAUGUCAUUCUCGUAAAUUUUGCCAACUGUGACUACAUAAAUUAUUUUUGCAGGUUUAUGAUGGUUACGGAACUAACUGCUUCGAUUAGCACCUAUUUAUAAGGUAUUGAAGGAAGCUAAUAAUUUCUGAGACACCAUGAAAAAGGUUCCCCCCUGGCUGCUGAAGAAAUUGAGGAAAAAAACCAAGGAAGUGUCCAGAUGGAGGAUUUGAGUCUGUCACAAGGAUAGUGUGCACCCAAGACUGGCAAGAGAGGAUGCUGCUCUUUGUCAGGGCCACGAACAAUGGGACACGGAGAGGCCUAGUGACUCCAGAACAUGCCAGUUGCCGGGUAAACAGAAGACGAGGAAAAAUAUGUGCAUUGUCUGCACUGAUGACUUUGCAAGAUAGUAGUGGACAAAAGUAACAUAUUGAAGUCUGGUCAAUAUAUUUCAGGAACUCAACAGCCUAAAUUUUAUUACUGUCUUUGUGUGGAAAAAAUGAACUUCCUGUCAACCUUUGUGACAUUUGAGAACCUCCAUGAGGUUCGGCGAUUGUGCCACUGGGGACCAGUCAUAGCUCUGUCUGUCAUUGCUAUAUGCUCCACCAUGGCGAUUCUGGAUUCCAUUAUCUGGUACUGGCCCUUAGACACUACAGGAGGCAGCAUUAACUUCAUCAUGCUCAUCAACUGGACGGUCCUCAUCCUGUACAACUACUUCAAUGCUAUGUUUGUUGGACCUGGAUACAUACCUCUUGGCUGGAAACCAGAAAACAUACAGGAAACCCAGUACUUGCAGUUCUGCAGGGUCUGCCAGGGGUUUAAGGCCCCAAGGUCUCACCAUUGUCGGAAAUGUAACAGGUGUGUGAUGAAGAUGGAUCACCACUGCCCCUGGAUCAAUAACUGCUGUGGCCAUCAGAACCACGCAUACUUCACUAGUUUCCUGCUGCUAGCUCCCUUAGGCUGCUCACAUGCUGCCAUCAUCUUCAUUAUGACCAUGUACACUCAGCUGUAUGAGAGGAUCUCAUUUGGUUGGAGCACUGUGAAGAUUGACAUGAGUGCUGUACGCCAAUUCCAGCCCCUCAUGCCGUUCAGUGUACCUGCCUUCGCUGCCACACUCUUUGCCUUAGGCUUAGCACUGGGCACCACUAUUGCUGUUGGCAUGCUUUUCUUCAUACAAAUGAAAGUCAUUCUUCGAAAUAAGACCUCAAUCGAGUCCUGGAUUGAGGAAAAGGCCAAAGACAGAAUACAGCACUACCAAACCGGAGAGGAGUUCAUCUUCCCUUAUGAUCUUGGCACCCGUUGGCUGAACUUCAAGCAAGUCUUCACAUGGUCAGGGACACCCAAGGGUGAUGGCAUUGAAUGGCCAGUCCAUCCCAAGUGUCACCAGCACACCUUAACUAUUGAGCAACUGAAGCAGAAAGCUGACAAACGAGUGAGAAGUCAGGUCCAGUACCAGGCAGUGGAGGACUAUAAUGGAGCUUGCUGCCCUCUCAGCAAAGGUCUCCAAACCUUUUUCAGAACCCCCUGCACCGAGGAGCCCAGGAUCCCCCUCAGCAAGGGGGACACCAUCCUGGCCACUCGUGGCACAAAAUGGUGGAUGUAUGGAGACAAAGUUCUGAGUGAGGAGCAAAUGAGAGCUGGAGACCGUGUAAGGGGAUGGUUUCCAAGACGAUGUGUGGAGAAGUGCCAUUAUGACACAGCUGCCAGUGAUAGCACCAGCGAUAAGAAAGUAAAUUAAUAUAUUUCAACAGGCUUUAUAUAGAGAAAGGGAGUUAAACUGAUCUAAAGGACCAGUAGCAUCUGUCCGUUUUCAUUAAACUUAAUGACACCCAUUCAGUAAAGAUGUCAUCCUUGAUACUGCAGGCUCCCUCAAUUAAAAUGAAUCACACAUGUCAGCAUCAACUUGAAUUUUUUUUACUGCAACAGAGCUCUUUUAGAGUCUUACUUUGCACCUUGCUGUCAAAUAAUGUCUUGAAGAGAUCUGCAGAAUUCUUUUACUGUCUAAAAGACUGGUUCCAUGAGUUCAGUUUGACUCCUUUGACUAAAAGUGAAACCCAGCAAGAGUCUUAAUUUCCAAGAAUUGCCACAUGGCUUUAAUGUAUCUUCAUUGUGAAAAUGUUUAUUUUGUACUUGAAUCUAUUGUUGUGUCGAUGUCCAUAUUUGCUAAUUAUGCAAUGCCUCUGCCCAGCUAACCACAGGGCUUCGUCAUGCAAACCUUUCUACAGUAUGGAGAUAACACUUAAUUUGUUUUUAUUAUUUUUGUAAAAACAAAUGGUUGGCCUCAAAGUAAAACUGAAAAUGAAAUAAAAAAAAAAAAUAAUAAUAUGCAAGACUCGGUUUCAAUUUCUGAUUGCUGUGCUUUUUCAAAAGAAGUGAUUGUAUUAUAUCUGAUUUAAAAACAGGAAAUAAGUAACAAUGUUCAAGGGAUUCUAUUAUAACAAUGGUUAUUAUUUGUAUGUAUAGAAGACAAGUCACAAAUGUAAAAUGUAUGAAUGUAUAUGGUGAUUUUAUAUUUCUGAAUAAAAAUAAAGAAUGUGG